AUGUCUAGUCGUCAUGGUCUUCAGGCAUCUACACUCAAAACCUUGCGGGCGGCCGUAGUUCAUCUACAUGAUGAUCCCAAAGGUAUUCGAGAAAGCGAGGUUAUUAACGAUUACAUAGAUUCUAGAAUGAAGCAGGCGCCUCCGGUCAACAUUCAUCGACCCACCAUUGAUAUCUCUCCAGCAAUGGCCUUUGCUCAAUCCAUCGCUUCUCGAACAACCACUCCCAUCAAACGGUUACAACAGAAGUUGGCUUUCCUUUUGGCAAUGGCAGCCUUUCUCCGUCCAUCAGAUUUGGCUCGUAUUCCUUUUGGCUCGUGCUCUAUCACCAACAAUGGCUGUCUCUACUUCGAGGUGGUGGCUCCCAAAGAAACUAGAGGUAAACGACGCAUCAUCAAGCCCUUUACGGCUCUUCGAGACCACCCUGGUUUGGCUUCUCGCCCUUCUGGUCCACAGCUCUUUGUUAAGUCCAUUCUCAUUAAUCAACCUCUCUCGUCAUCAACCAUCUCGUCAUGGUUGCAUAAAGAGUUCAUUCAACUUUGCACGUCUGAAUCAAAUGUUUCUGUUCGUUCUCUGGCUUCUUCUCGUGCCUUAGACAGUGGUAUCUCCUGGGAUAAUAUCGUGGCUCUUGGAAACUGGGCUUCUUCGGAGACCUUUGUUCGUCAUUACCAACGUAACCAAAUGGCGCAAGUGGACUUCACCUCUACGGUUCUGUCUAGCCAGGAUGAAUUCUUUGAUACAAAUGACUCUUUUGGUACUCUGGAUUAG